AUGGCCAAAAGCUCCUUCAAGCUUGAGCAUCCUUUAGAAAGAAGGCAGGCUGAGUCUGCUCGCAUUAGAGACAAGUAUCCUGAUAGAAUACCGGUUAUUGUUGAGAGAGCCGAAAGAACUGACAUCCCAGACAUCGAUAAGAAGAAGUACCUUGUCCCAGCGGAUUUGACUGUUGGUCAGUUUGUUUAUGUUGUCCGUAAAAGGAUUAAGGUCAGUGCGGAGAAGGCUAUUUUUGUUUUUAUCAAUAACACUUUACCUCCAACUGCCGCUUUAAUGUCUUCCAUUUAUGAGGAAAAUAAGGACGAUGAUGGCUUUCUUUACAUGACUUACAGUGGAGAGAACACUUUCGGUUCCCACUAA